UUGUGUUUCGUUUUUUUUUCCUUCCCAAGUCGCUGUGAUCGAAUUGUAGUGUUUAUAUACUUUGAAAAUAAUGAAAUGACAGUCUUGAAAUUAAUUUCCAUGUAGAUAUUUUAUACACCCAUUGUUGUUUAUAUUAAUGAAAAGACUUUGUUGUAGUUCUUAGUUUAUGGUGGCCGGUGGAUCAUGGCAAAUAUAGCAGUCCAGCGAAUCAAACGGGAAUUUAAAGAAGUAGUAAAGAGUGAAGAGGCAGCUAAAUGUGCAAUAAGCGUGGAAAUUAUAAAUGACACUUACACGGAAUUAAGGGGAGAAAUUGCAGGACCACCGGACACACCAUAUGAAGGAGGAAAUUUUAUUUUAGAAAUCAAAGUACCAGAAACUUAUCCAUUUAAUCCACCUAAGGUUCGGUUUGUCACAAAAAUAUGGCAUCCAAAUAUUAGCUCUGUUACUGGUGCAAUAUGUUUAGAUAUAUUAAAAGAUCAGUGGGCUGCAGCAAUGACAUUGCGGACAGUUCUUCUUUCAUUACAAGCAUUAUUAGCUGCUGCUGAACCAGAUGAUCCUCAAGAUGCUGUUGUUGCCAAACAGUAUAAAGAAGAUCCAGAAAUGUUUAAACUUACUGCCAGACACUGGGCCCAAGCUUAUGCAGGAGCUCCAAAAACUCAUUCUGAUUUUGAUGAAAAGAUAAGGAGAUUGGUUGAUAUGGGUGUUGAUGAGCACAAAGCACGUGUGGCCUUAUCUUCUUGUUCCUGGAACCUGGAGAAGGCAACUGAAACACUCUUCAGUUAAAACACCAUCCAGUUGUUUACAGAAAGUGAUGCUUCAGCACUUUUCAACUUUUUUUUGUUGUUGUUGGAAUAAAAAGAAAUCUUCUCAAAUUUAGAUGUUAUGACAUCCUAUGCACUAUAAGAAAGAAAUGCUCGAUUUGAAAAUUUAUGAAAAUAUAGAAUGGAAUUUUAUUCAAAAUUUUGAAACAAAGACUUAUAGGGACAAUUGUUCAUUAGACUUGUGAAAUUUGACUCUUUUACUUUCAAUGCAAAUUGAUUUUCCUUUCAUAUUUAUGAUAAAUGGAUAAUCUGAUUCAUUAUUUGCUUGAAGUGCAUUCUAAUUUAAAAGGGUGAAGAAAUUUUCAUUAAUUAAAAUUUUAUAACACUGAGACUUGUAGAAUUUGGAAAUAUAAUAUAAAUAAAACAUAAACCUUUCUUAUGUGAGAAUUUUAUUUUCUGUUUAUAUUAUAUAUUUGUUGUAAAUUUCACUUUUGCUGAUAAAUAUAGUAUUGUUUCAGGCUGUCACCUCUAAUUGUACAAAAUUAUUUUUUCCUUAUGAUGAUUAAAUGUUGAUUGUUGAUUA